AUGACGGAGCCUAAUGCAGAGCUUUCUGUGUCCCACUCUACGGGGCAGGAUACACAAGAGGUCCAGGAGGGGAAGGCUCUGAUUGCCACUGAGGACGAGAAUACCAACGCAGGAACCGAGUCUAACAGGAGGACGACGAAGUGUCUUCGAUGUGAAAACGCCAACUUCCUGGCAAGUCUUAUGAUCAUAGUAUUUACUCCGUUCUUCAUAGUUCCUCUACUUUACAUUCUAAUGGGCCUGCGCUCGGAUCUCUUCAUAACGUACGGAACGUACCUUGCUAUGUGUAUCUAUGAAGCGUGGAUUUUCGCUGAGGGAGUCAUGGCACACCCCAGUGUGAUUGCACAGUUGGAAAAAAGGAGAGUUGUUGGCUUGGGCUUGUUCUCUAUAAUAUUCUUUAUCUGCUUAGCGUGCGCGUUCCUCAUCUCUUUUGUUGAAGGGGGUGCCACGUCUUUGUUCAUUGGCCAGACGAAGCAGCAGUAUGUGCUACUGGAGUGGAAGUGUGUUUCAUUCUUCUUUCUGAAUGCUCUUCACAGAUACACCUUCCGUAACAAUCUAGUGAAGCAGGGGAUGUGCCCGGUUCGCGCGGUUAUCUGCAUGUAUUGUGUCUCGUGGCUCUUCUGGGCCUUCUUCGCAGGCCAGAUUGCCAACAACGUUAUGGUUUCAGGCGUUAACGACUCGUGGGGCACGUGGGGGGCGUUUGUCCAGUCACUGAUAAACGGGUAUAUGUUCAGUGGCCAUGCGAUGUGGCACAUACUUCCGGGAAGCACCUACAUCGACAAGGUCAGUAUGGCAAUCAUUCUUAGCACCAUUUUUGUCUUCAUUCAGAUGCUUCUUGGCUACGGCAUCAUUGUCCUCUUUGCAAACUUGAUUACAGGCCUUUACGGGACAUCUAUAAGCCAAUCGGAUAUCAUGCUUGGGGUCUUUAUGUUCUCGUUGGUAGGCACGCUCGUUCUCACCCAGAUUGCACCCCUGUAUAAAGGGAUGCGUAGCAGAUACAACCCUAUUGCGUUCUGUAUUUUCCACAACAUCCUAUAUAUCGUCGUGUCCUUAGUCUAUUACGUCUUCUUCUGCUUGACCAUCUGCCCCUUGGCAACCGCUCUUCUGGCAGAGGAUCACUUACCCGUUGAAUCCAUUUUCCCGAUAAUUGUCUUCCCUGUUAUUGCGGUCAUCGGGAUGGCGCGCAUUUCAAGACUUUACUCUGCCCCCUGUUGCAAGCCACGUCCCAACGAAUCUUAG